AAACCUCUUCCUCAAUCUCACCAACGAAACAAUCCCUUUCCUUCUCCCUCAAACCUCAAAACCCUCCCCAAGCAAAGCAUCAUUCUCCUCACUAUAUCACCACCAUGCCUCUUCCCUUCCCACCACUCACACCAACAAACACACUCUGUCUCCUCACGCUUUCCAAUGGCAGCACCACCAACAACAUCAACUCCUCAACACACCUCCCUCCACACCACCACCCCCGCGCUGCCCCUCGCGUACUCGGGCCGAGCCCAGCUCAGGAUACUACUGGAGCGGCCCAAGCUGGCACUGGGGCAGCGCGUGGUAGUUGGCGGAUGGGUGAAGUCCGCCAAGGUGGUGGAGAAUUCGUCGGCGGCAGCGGCACAUCCGUGGCUCCACACGGAUGAUGCUGCCGUCGGCGAGAAAGGAGGGAGGAGCAAGGACGUGUCGUGCGUGGAGAUUCUGCAGUCGAGGAUACCGCUGAUUAAGAGCAUAUUCGAUGUGUUCGGAGGAAGCGGUCACGGGCAGCGCAAGAAACGUGAGUCUCUGAGUUUGCCUCAGACUAAGGUCCUGCCUCCCAAAGCUUCUACUGCGUAUCUGCUUCUCACCGAUGGCUCAUGCGUUCCGAGCCUUCAGGUUGUUGUUGAUUCCUCAGUAACUACCCUUAGCCGGAUUCUGCCUACUGGAACGUGUCUAUUAGUGGAAGGUCAAGUAGAAGCAGCAGAGGGGAAGCAUGCUAUUGAGCUUAAAGCUGAAAAAGUUCUUCACAUUGGGACAGUAGAUUUUGACAAGUACCCAUUAUCAAAGAAACGAAUUCCACUAGAAAUGUUGAGAGAUCACUCCCAGUUUCGGCCUCGAACAACUACGGUGGCAACUGUGAUGCGGAUUCGUAGUGCUCUCUCUUUUGCAACCCACACAUUUUUCAAUGAACAUGCAUUUAUUGAUGUGCAAGUACCCACUAUAACUACCACAGACUCUGAAGGAUUUAGCAACAUGUUCCUGGUUACCAUCCUGGAUCAGAAACCAGAGAAGGAGGAGAAACUAGGUACCAUUUAUGAGAUUGAAGGUGUUAACCUUGAGCAUGUGAAGGCAGCUGCAAAAGAGAAAAGCAACUUAGUUGAGCAUUUGAAAAGAACUGAGAGCAAUAGGGAAGCCCUGGCUGCUGCAAUUCAGGAUCUGAGGAAAACGAAUGAACUGGCAUCACAAUUGGAAGCAAGAGAAAAGAGAAAGUUGGGAACUUCUUUAAAGGAUGACAAAGUAGACUCUUCCAAAGAUUUUUUCCCUUUACAAACUUAUUUGACUGUCUCUGGUCGCUUGCAUCUGGAGAGUUAUGCAUGUGCACUCGGAAAUGUCUACUCAUUUGGUCCUAGAUUUCAAGCAGAUAAAACGGAUUCUGCUAAACAUGCUGCAGAAAUGUGGAUGGUUGAGGUUGAAAUGGCCUUUUCUCAAUUGAAGGACUCCAUGAAUUGUGCUAAUGACUUUUUCAAGUACCUCUGCAAGUGGAUUCUGGAAAAGUGCUCUGAAGAUAUGGAGUUUGUUGCCAAAAGAAUUGACAAAACCUGUAUCAAUCGUCUUCAGCAAAUUAUAUCAGAUUCUCCUGAGAUAAUGCCCUACAAUGAAGCCAUAGAUAUACUAAGGAAGAUGUCCUCCCAGGCUGAAGAUAAGAAAUUUGAAACAAAUUUUGAAUCGGGUUUUGUGCUCACUUCAGAGCACCUAAGCUAUCUAACUGAUAACAUCUUCAAGAAGCCGAUUAUGAUAUAUAAUUAUCCAAAAGAAGCUAAGCCAUUCUACGUUCGCCAGAAUGAUGAUGGAACUGUAGCUGCAUUUGACUUGGUUGUCCCAAAGCUUGGAACAAUAAUUUCUGGUAGCCAAAACGAGGAACGUGUUAACAAGAUAAGCUCCAGGAUUGAUGAGUUGGGUUUGCCACGAGAGAAGUAUGAAUGGUACUUAGAUCUUCGUCGAAAUGGAACAGUGGAGAACUCUGGGUUCAGUCUAAGGUUUGACCUAAUGGUCCAAUUCACAACUGGCCUUAGCAAUGUUAGGGACGUUAUCCCUUUUCCAAGAACCUAUGGCAAGGCCAACAACUAAUUAUAAUUUUGUGCCAAGAAAAUUCAAGUUGCAUUCGUGGCUAUUGGCAUUCAAACUUUGAAUGUUUGUGGACAGGAGGAACACAAGACAAUGUGUGCUUGGUGUAACAAUUAACGUAUCAAUUGAUUACUUGUGUGCUUAAUGUAAACGUAUAAUUGAAAUGUAACUUAUUUUAGUCUUGUGAA